UUGUAAUUUGGGCGCUACGAACGCCAUUUGUAAUUCAUCCUCUUAACGGAUUCGUCGACGACGAACUUAUUCGUUACAAUGGAAUUUAAUUAUACAACCAGAAACAACAGCGAACAGUCACAUAAUAGAGAUAAGAAUAAAGCACGAAAUGAAAGCCUUUUGCAAUUCCAACAGUCGACUGGACCAACGACCUCCUCAGCAAAGUUCAUACCCUUGUACAAACAAAAUACUAAAACUGGUCCUUCAAACCAGCCCGCUGUCAAUAGUUUCCCCAACAACGAUAUUACUGAAGGGCAACAAAAAAAUAUAAUUAAUGAAACACCUCGUGAUGACAGCAGGAGAUUAUUUAUUGAAAAAAAGACCAGUCCAAUUAAAUUGAAGUACUUGAUUGGAAAAGUCGACCAUGCUAUUCGUUGGUGCAGGCAGUUGAAAGACUUUGAUUACAUCGUUAUCUAUCAAAUAGUAGGUAUUCUAGAACACGUGAUGAGUAAGGGCGUUCAGAAACUAUAUUUCCUGAAGGGAGACUCCGGGCAAGUUCUGCAGUGCGUUUUUUACAACAUUGAUCGAGAUCUUCCGGAUUUCCCUUGUGGUUCGUUCAUAAGGGUAACUGGUAAAAUGAAAGGGUCUAAUAAAAUGCAAAUAUUCGAUGCAGAAAUAACUGACCAACACGAAGUAGAAGAAGCCUUGCCGAGGCUUACUUUUGUAAGCCAGAGAAUUUUGAAUGAAAUCACUAAAAAAUAAUUUAUGAACUAAUUUAUUAUAUGAAAUGAAGAGAGGUACAUUUAAAAUUACAUUGAAUGAAAAACAUAAGACUUACAAAAACUUGUGAAGAAUUUAGAUAAAUUUGUCAGAAAUAUUACAUUACCAUGUUUACUUAAAAUAAGUUGAUACUUAUAAAACUAAAAAAA